AACAAUUUGGGCCUCCAUUCGCACGUUAUCACUAUUACAAAAUAAGAGCCAAAAUACGGAAUGUGAAUUAAAAAUAAUAUAUAUAGGCUAAAAAUGUUACGAUACAGACAAGUGGUGCGUCUUCUGCAGCGCCGGACUUAUUCGGCUGGAGCAGCAAACACCGGAAGUGGAUUACCUGGUGACGACGAAUCCGGCAAAGAUGAUCUGCAUCCAAUACGACGAACCCUUCGUUUGCUCGGCAACGAUAUGCGCAAAGUCAAGGAGUUCUUUGUGCCCAAGGAUCCGGAGCCCGAGGAAGACCGCAUCCUGACCCAGACAAAGUUCCAGUUCGCCGGGGAGCGGGAAAAGGAUCCCACGCUGGUGGAUGACUUCCAGACCCACUGCGAUGUGCUAAUCAUUGGUGGAGGCGGAGUGGGCAGCUCCAUCGCUUACUGGCUAAAGGAGAAGGCUCGCGAUGGCCUCAAUGUGGUGGUGGUCGAGCGGGAUGACACGUACGCCCAGUCUGCCACUCGUGUUUCUGUGGGCGGUCUUUGCCAGCAAUUCUCCCUGCCCGAAAAUAUCCAGAUGUCGCUUUUUGCCGCCGAGUUUUUGAGAGGUGCCAAGAAGCACUUUGGCGAGGACGUGCCCCUGCAAUUCACGCCCCAUGGUCACCUGAUGCUGGCCGACGAGGAGCAUGCCGAAAGCCUGAUGCGCUCCUCCCAGGUGCAAAACGAACUGGGUGCCCGCAAUGAACUGCUGACGUCGGAUCGACUGGCCAUCCGGUUUCCCUGGCUGAACACCAAGGGCAUCGUCUUGGGCUGUCACGGAUUGGAGAAGGAAGGCUGGUUCAAUCCUUUGGCCCUGCUUAGCAACUUUAGACGCUCUGCCAGCGGCUAUGGUGCGCAUUUCGUCAGUGGCCAGGUGGUGGACUUCGAAUUCCUGUCCCAAACGGACAUAACUGUGGUGGGCGGCUCCGACGAGGGCAGCUACACGGGCCUGGACAAGGCGGUCAUCCAGCUGGCCGAUGGCACGCGACGCACCUGCAAGUUUGCCCUGUGUGUUAUAGCAGCCGGCGCCAGAUCCGGAGAGGUGGCACGCCUGGCCAAGAUAGGAGUGGGCUCGGGAGUGCUACGGGUUCCCCUGCCCAUUGACGAACGCAAGCGCUACUUGUACGCCAUCAACUCACUGGCUCAAAGUGCACCUGGAAUGAGCAUGCCCAUGACCAUCGAUCCUUCGGGCAUCUUCAUCCGCAGAGACGGCUUGGGUGGCAACUACAUAUGCGGACAGGAUUCGGUCGAGGACAGUCAUAGUUCGUCAGUGGACCCGCAGUACUUUGACCAGCACAUCAGACCCAAGCUGGCAGAGCGAGUUCCCGCGCUGGGAGAAGCCCGAGUGGUGGACAGCUGGGCGGGCAGCUACGAUCAGAAUGUCUACGACGAAAACGGCAUUGUGGGAGCCCAUCCGUACUACAACAACUUGUAUAUUGCCACUGGUUUUAGUGGACAUGGAGUCCAGCAGUCCUUGGCCGUGGGACGCGCCGUAUCCGAGCUGAUCAUGGACGGCCAGUUCCGGACCAUUGACCUCUCACGCCUGAGCUUCGACAGGCUGAUUGUGGACCAACCCAUGUACGAGUUGAAUAAUGUUUUAAGCUAGCAUUGUUGUUGAUGGUGCAUUAAAGACUAAAUGCAGCUAAUUUAA